AUGACAGUCCCAGCCAGGACGAUAAUGGACAUACUUCCCGUUCAGCAGCUCGUACCGCACAAUGAUGUCCUUGAGAACCUUGUUGAGCGCAUGUCCAAUGUGAAGAUCGCCAUUGGCAUACGGAGGCCCGUCAUGAAGAAUGAAAACGUCCUCCAACGGGGGAACCUCUCGCUCCUUGUUCCACCGGUACAGGUCCUUGGUGAUCUGCGGAAUCAACACCGACUGAACGAGCUGCUGGUUGGUGCGUCCAGGAAAGUCGGUCUGCGGGAGCCGGAUCGUCGCGGAAGCCCCACGGGAACGUCCCCGGACGUGUUGGUGUACCACGGGUCGCGACGCAGCUCGCUCCUGGAUAUGGGCGGAGAAAACUCCAUCAACAACUUUGCUUCCUCCCUAAGACGGUCUGUCAACUACCUGUCAACGUCUGCAGGGUCCAAGGCCACCAUAGACGGAGAGUACGUUGUGCCCAGAACAACACCAACGUACCAGAUACCACCCAUGGAUGACCAGACCCCGCUGCUUGCACCAGUAAAGGACGACGCUUCAGAGAUAGUCGUCUGUUUAAAGUCAACUCCAGUACAAACAACCUUCAACGCAAUCAACGUUCUGAUCGGGCUCGGCAUUUUGUCUGUCCCGCUUGGAUUCAGACUUUCUGGGUGGUUCUUCGGAAUCACCAUCCUGUCAUUGGCAGCUUUCACUACAAGAUACACAGCAAUACUACUGGGAAGAAUCCAGUCUCACGAUAAAGAGCUCCGGACCUACCAUUCGAUAGCAAAGAAAGCCUUUGGCAACAAAGCCAGUCUGUUUGUGUUUGCGGUUUUCGCAUUGGACCUUUAUGGAGCAAACGUCACUAUGGUGAUCUUGUUUGCCGACUCUUUUAAUGCAAUUUUCCAGGACGUUUCCGCAACCACCUUCAAAAUCGUCUUGGCGUUCAUUUUGCUGGUGUUGAACGCUUUGCCGCUCCGAAUACUCUCCGUGCUCAGUUUCGCCGGAAUCGUCUGCACAACGUCCACAUUUGCUAUUCUGCUAACAGCAGGACUGGCCACCAAGUCGCAACCAGGAUCGUUGUUCCCGCCUGCACCAACAAACUUCUGGCCCACGUCGUUCCUGGACCUCUGUUUCAGUUUGGGACUGUUUCUGGCUCCAUGGGGUGGCCAUGCCGCGUUCCCAGAAGUGUACACCGACCAAAGACACCCAGAGAAAUACGACCGAUGCAUGACGGUGGCUUUCUCGUUCAGUUACUCUUUGGACCUGAUCACCGGGGUCGUUGGGUUCCUGAUGUUUGGCCAGCUCGUCCAGGACGAAGUCACCAAAAACAUCCUGCUCAACGACACGUACCCGGCCUGGAUCACCAGCACCAUUGUGGUUCUCAUGGGAAUUCUCCCGCUGUCGAAACUGCCGCUUGUGUGCCGCCCAAUUCUCUCUGCCGCGAACUCGUUCAUGCCCCCGUUCGUGGCACGCGUCGCGCUCAGCAUUGUGCUGCUGGUGUCGUCUCUGCUCAUCACGAAUUUCGGCAAGAUCAUGUCGCUGCUGGGCUCGGCCAUCUGUUUCACCGUCUGCAUCACUCUCCCGCUCGCGUUCUACCUCAAACUUCGUCCAGUCUGCUGUACGGUGUCACGCUCGCGUACCGGCAAAAGACAGAGUAUUCGUUCAGUAGGUAUAUUUUGGGAGAGGACUAACGAAAAAGGGGAAGCACAAACUUUCAAGACCCAAAUAGCCCGGCACGUUGCCGCUGCGGACGCGGGCAAUUUGGCGCAAUUGGGCCAAUCGUACCAAAUGGCGUACAGACAGAGAGACCUGAACGUGUUGAGAGACGACCCGAACUUCAACAUCGACGUGGGAUUGCUGACUCUGGACGAGAUCGACGACACGUUGGAGUCGAGCCACCAGCACCAGAUCCGGCAGUUUGACCGGGAAAUGACGCUGCUGGCGGACUCGUCUGUGUCGGACGCGACAAGCGCGGUGUUCUCGCGCGACUCUGCGCACACGGCCACCACAGCAGUGAGUCGCGGUUCGUUUGCACAGCCCGAAGACGAGCUCAUGGGCCAGAGUUUGGGGCAGCUGGAGUUUUCGUUUGACCAGGACGGGAAUGCUGUUGGCGACGUGCUGGACGUGGACCUUGAUUUCGAUCUCGGGGAGGACGACCAGGCAGAUCGGUCGCUGGUCCCGGAGAUGGCGCCAGAGGAAAUCCCCGUGGUGGACCUGACUCCGCCAAAACGGGUGAGGCCAGACACGGGUAAGCUGAAGCUGCGUCGGAUUGUUGUGGACGCGGAGAUCUCGAUUUCCACCGCUAAACAAAAAGAAGACGCGGAAAGGUACCGUGAGAACAUGCAGCUGGAGCAGACUGACGGAGAGUCUUCGUUUUUGCAGAUGGUGGACACAGAGCUGGCCAAACUGCCCCCAUUUAUGCGGUUUGUUCUUAAUCCGCAGACGGCUGUCGAGUCGGCGCGGUACAGUCGUGCGUCGAGCGUCUCGUCGAUCGAGGAGGUCCGUCGUGCCGCGUCGGGCGAGUCCUCGCGCAGAGAGAGUAUCUCGUCAGCACAGAUCCGGUUUUCAGAGCCAAUCAACGAGCUGAGUGAGGUCGCGUGGGAGGGCGACGACGCGCUGCUGGAUAUCAGUUUCGACGAGACCGAGGCCAAGAAGGACCCGUUGCAGGCGCAGGUUUACUACACGUCGCUGGUGGACCGGUGUCAAACUGCCGGGAAAAGCGUCGACGCGACGGACCGGUCUGAUCUGGUGCAGAUCGGUUUUGACGUGAUCACGGCUACCAGCACGCGGUCGAGCGCGGCCGAGCAGUUCAGUCUAUUGCUCGAGCUUUGCUCGCAAAACAUUGUCUAUCUCGAGCCAAUUGGAUUCAACGGGCGCUCCAAAUGGGAACUGCUCCAACCUGCUAAUAUUAACAUCGUUGCACAGGUGUUACACGUUUCCCUGGCCGAGCCGGAGGGAGCCUUUACGUUCAAUCCCACGUUCACGUACCCAAUCUUUGGCGACUCGGAACAGAUCUUUGGCUACAAAGGGUUACGAAUCGAUCUUGCGUUUGAUUCCAAGUCAAUGUACCCGUUUUUGGGCGUCAAGUACGAGUCCAAGCUUUCGGAAGAUGUGAAGGACGUGCAGAAGAUUCUGCUGGAGUACCUGCCGACCGAAACAGUGGUGAAAGACGAAGCUUUGUGGCUCGACAAGGUUGACCAGGAAAAUUUCGAAAUCCCAGGCAAGGUGAUCCACACUUACUCGGUCGAUUCCGACACGUUCAGCGUGUACAAGUUCAAUCUGGAAGACGCUAACGGGCUCAAACUGCACCUGCGGAUCCAGAUCUUUGUUCUGCUGUUCAUUGAGGCCGGUAGCUACAUCGACUCUACCGACAAGGUUUGGGAAAUUUACGCCAUCUACAAGACGCCAAAGAACGGCAAGGAGUCGUUUGUUGGGUUCAGCACGGCAUACGCGCACUGGAAGCAUCCGGGAACGGCCGUUCAUGACGCGUCCGAGACGCUGGAGUUGCAAUUCCGCAAGAAAAUCAGCCAGUUUGUGAUUCUGCCUCCGUACCAGUCCAAAGGUCACGGCAAACACUUGUACAACACGAUUGUAGACGAGUGGCUCCAGGACGACAAGGUGAAGGAGAUCACGGUGGAGGACCCUAGCGAAGCGUUUGAUGAUCUACGUGACCGGUGCGAUUUGCAACGUCUGACAAGCGCAAACUUCUUGCAGGGACUCGAGUUGCCGGUGAAGGACGAAUGGCUCCAGAAACAGGUGGAGGCCCAGAAAAUGGACCGCAGACAGUUUGAGCGGUGUUUGGAGAUGGCGCUGAUAUGGCUGCUGUUGAACAAGAAGAGCGGUGUGCCGAAUCUGAGCGAGAAGAACGUCCGGCUCCAGAUCAAGAAGCGGCUGUACAUCAAAAACAGAGACGCGUUAGUGGAGCUGGAAAAGGCAGACCGGAUGGACAAGCUGCAAACGGCGUACGAGCGGCUCAGAGAGGACUACGAGCGGAUUCUGGAAAAAGCGCACAUUGCGUACACUGUCAAGAGAGAACUUGGUUCUGGCGAGGACCUGAGUAAAUUUUUUGGUUCCACCUCCAUUGCUUCCUCCAUCAGAAAGUCUGCUGCUGGCUCGUUCGGCCCAGAGCUUUCCAAGAAGCUUUCUCAAUUGAUCAAGAUUGAGAAGAACUUUGAGAGAAGCGUCGAGCUCGUUGCCAGAGAGAGAAGAGUUGUUGCCAAGCAACUUUCUCUUUGGGGUGAGGAAAACGACGACGACGUGUCGGACGUGACCGACAAGCUCGGUGUCUUAAUCUACGAGAUCGGUGAGUUGGAGGACCAGUUCAUCGACAAGUACGACUUGUACAGAAUCACUCUCAAGAGUAUCAGAAACAUCGAGGCUUCUGUCCAACCAUCCAGAGACCGGAAACAGAAGAUCACCGACGAGAUCGCACACCUCAAGUACAAGGACCCACAGUCUCCAAAGAUCCCAGUUCUGGAGCAGGAGCUGGUCAGAGCCGAGGCCGAGUCCUUGGUUGCCGAGGCCCAGCUGUCCAACAUCACCAGAGAGAAGUUGAAGGCCUCUUUCCUUUACCAGUUUGACGCUCUCAGAGAGCUCUCCGAGAAGCUCGCUUUGAUUGCCGGUUACGGUAAGGCUCUGUUGGAGCUGUUGGACGACUCUCCAGUGACUCCAGGUGAGACCAGACCAGCCUACGACGGCUACGAGGCUUCCAAGCAGAUCAUCAUUGAUGCCGAGAACGCUCUUGCUUCGUGGACUCUGGACAACUCGUACGUCAAGGAGCCAGCUCUUUCUCUCCACCAGACCGUCGACGACGUGUACGAGGAGAACCAGGCCGAGGAGGCCGAGGCUGAGUGGGCUGAGCACGAGGGUCAGCAGUGA